GAUUUAUUUCCAGUUUCCAAAGGUUGGCUUCAAUACAUGAAACGUUUACCAGAAGUUGUAGAAUGUAUAAGUGGUUAUCCUGUACUAUAUCAAGAUGUAACCAAAGAUAAAAACAGUGAAAAAUUUUCCGAUAUGGAAACCUUAUGUGCUUGGCGUACAAUUAGUCUAAGAUUCCCCAAAAUAACUGGUAUUCAAGAAAUAUGGGCUUCCAUUAAAACUUGUUUCUGUCAAUACAUGACAGAUUUGGAAUUUGCUAUAGAUAAUAAAUGGCCUAUUAAUUGGUGGCGAGCUUUAGCCAGAUUGAAAUUCUUAGUGGAAGCCAGAUAUACAUCAAGUGAACCAUUCUAUUAUAUAGUCAGUAAUAAAAUGAUGGAGGAAAUUGAAAGAUGCGCCAUGUUGGAAAUGAAAAAUAGAUAUAAAAUGAUAAUGCUCCAAAAGCUGAAAUUGAGAAAUUGAGUAUUGAAUUGGAAGAGGCUGUUACAAAAACAAAUGAUAUCAUGGCUUCAGUUCCUAAUGACAAAAAAGAAGUAGAACUGGGUUCCUUAAUAACCGCCAUA